CUUUGGUGAUGUGGCUAUGUUCAGAAAUCCAGCUGAAGAGAUUUAUCAAAUAAAAGGCAGAAACAGGUAUCUGAGAAGCAAUAACACAGUCUCGCUACAUGUUCAGCCGGCUGUCCCAGGGCCUUAACAAUGUCCUGCAGGAGCUCUCUGGGGAUGAACCCCCAGAUGGAGACCCCCAGCAGGACAUGUUGGUUCCCCAGCUCCCCCCUGGAGAGCCCCCUGGGGCCUCUGAGGAGUAUGGGUCGCGGGCGGAGGAGGAUACCCUGGAAAGGCUGGCGCAUCUGGAGCAGUUGACUGUGCAGCUCAAGGAGGUGGUCAGAGUAAAAGACAGCCAGCUGGCCACUCUGGAAACACAACUCAAGAGUGAGAAGGAGACCGCUGAGGCCCGUUUCACUAAACUUAAGUUGCAGGCCAAAGCCAAGAUGGCUUCUCUGACCAAACAAAUUGCUGACCUCAAGGGGCAGGAGGGAGCAGCAAGCUCUCCGGACAGCUCAUUCACCAGCUCAGUGUCUGUUGUGGAGGAGGAACUCCAAGAACUGAAGCGGAAAUUAAGGGAGGCGGAGUCCUCCGCUACGAUCCUAGAGGAGCGCCUCCAGAUGUCCGAAAAGGUCCUGCAUGAAAAGGAGGCGGCGCACACAGAGCAGGUCCGUGUGCUCCAGGCGGUGGUCUGGGAGAAGGAUGUGCGUUUCCAGGAACAGAUCCAACAGCAUGAGGAGGAGCUGCUGAGGGUCACAGGGCAGAUCCAGAACGACAUUGAGCUACAGCAGGCUUUGCGCGUAGCCCAGCGGCGCUGUGAGGAGCAGGAGGAAGCCAUGCGAUCACGCUCCCAGGUCCUAGAGAUGCUACAGGAGGAACUGAACAAUGCCGACCAGCAGAAACAGAUACUUACUGCUCAGUUCCGUCAGAUGGAGGAGCAGCUGGCUGAUGCUAGCAGGCAGAGGGAGGUGGACAGGCAGCAGUGGACCGAGCGCUCCAGCCAGGCAGAAGCAGAGCUGGUGACCCUCCAAGCUAACCUGGAAGCUUCAGAGAGGGACAGAGCGGGCCUAACUACCAGCUUGGAGGCCUCCGAGCGGGACAGAGUGGCCCUGACUGCCAGCCUGGAGGUCUCCGAGCGGGACAGAGUGGCCCUGACUGCCAGCCUGGAGGCCUCCGAGCGGGACACAGUGGCCCUGACUGCCAGCCUGGAGGCCUCAGAGCGGGACAGAGUGGCCCUGACUGCCAGCCUGGAGGUCUCCGAGCGGGACAGAGUGGCCCUGACUGCCAGCCUGGAGGUCUCCGAGCGGGACAGAGUGGCCCUGACUGCCAGCCUGGAGGUCUCCGAGCAGGACAGAGUGGCCCUGACUGCCAGCCUGGAGGCCUCCGAGCGGGACAGAGUGGCCCUGACUGCCAGCCUGGAGGCCUCCGAGCGGGACAGAGACGCCCAGAUGGAGGAGUUAACAGCAAAACUGGAGUUGGCCACUACAGAAUGGGAGAAGGUGGCCAGCCAAGAAGAAGUGGCUAGGUUGGAGAAGGAGCUGACUUUGAUAAGAGAGGAGCAUGGAGAAAGCCAGAGGACAGGAAAGGCCUUGGCUGAGCUGUUGACAGGCCUUCGUUCUCUGCUUGAUGAGGGUACAGAGGAGGACCCUGUGCCCACUGACCCGGCCCUGUGCUUGGCUACACUGCAGGCCCACCUGGAGAGGUUGAAGGUGGAGCAGAGUGUGAGCGAGGAGCGCUGUGUGCAGGUCACCCAAGUCAUGGAGACUUUGCAAGAACAACUGGAUAGGAGCACCUCAGAAGGCAAUAAGGCAGUUGCCAGGAUACAACAGUUGGAGCAGCAAAUUGGAAUGGCUGAUGGUGAGUCACUGGCCCAGCAUGCGAAUAACCCAUCUGUUGAGGGUGUGUGUGAUUCUGAAAAAGACCGGAUAUUGGCUCUGGAACAGCUUUUACUGGAGAAAGACAAUGAAUUGGCUUCCUUGCGAGAGCGUUUUGCACUGGCUGAAGAGCAGAGCUGCAAUGACUCAUCAAAUAUAGGCACUGAUCCAAAUGUAGACCAGAGUGAGGAGACCGCCAUCGCCGCCAGUGAAUGUCCUUUAGUGCUGCCAGACCUGCUGGAAGACACCCGGGAGGAGGACACCACCCUGGUGGGAGAGGACAGCUCCAUUCUGUCUAUCUCUGCUGAUAACGAAAGCAGCCCAGAGCUCGUCCAACCACAGUCUGACUCUACCGAAGAAUCUAAGGGGGCCUCCUCUGAUGAGAUGGUCACUAGCAGUGACUCUGAAGUGGCUCACAGCAGCUGGACCCUCCUAGAGGCUCUCAACCAAGAUGAAGGUCAGCAGUGGCCCUCCGUGGUGCAGGACUUUGGUCAGAUCCAGCUGCAGUCCUGGGAGGAGAAUGGCUCUGAAACGGUAACGUCCACAGUACAAGUGGAGUCCUCAUCGGUCAUCAUCAGUGAGACUGUACAGGUGCACCUCAGCCAGCAGGGGUCAGCUCACUUUGACUCUGAUUCCACCACUGGAAACGUGUUUCCGCAGGCCCAGGCUGAUGACCUGGACAUGAGGUACGGUGAGCUCAUGGCUGAGCUCCUGAGUCUGAGAAAGGCUGCCUCAGAAUCACAGGAGAAAACCCAAAGGCUGGAGGAGGAUAUUCGGAUACUAGCAGCUGCCAAAGAUGAGGCAGAGUCCCGGGCCCAGACAUAUGAGGAAGAGCUCCAGUCAGCCAGGUCAGAGAUAUACACAGAGGCCCAGCACAGUGGAUUUGAGGUGGAGAGGCAGAGCAGGGAGAUGCGUCUCCUAGAGGAGCAGCUAGCUAGCCUGCAGACAGAAAGCAGCUCAAAAGAGCAAAAGAUCCAAGCCCUGCAGGCAGACCUGGAGCAGGCUAAGCACUGUCUCUCUGAGCAGGAGGGCCAGGCCAGGAUGCUGAGUGCCCAAUUGGAAGACAGGGAGAUGAACUCUUCCGAGCUUGAACAGAAACUCCAGGACAUGGAGGCUAGCCUGCUUGAGUUUUCCAAGGAUAAGGAUAUAGACAAAGCUUUACUGUCUGAAAGGGACACUGAGAUUAGCAAGCUGCAGCAGUUCAUCACCCUGAAGGAGCAGGAGAUGAUGGAGCUGAGUGAAGGCAUGUCUGCCAAACUGGUCCAGGCAAGUGAGGAGAAGUUCCUGGUGAGCACUGAGGUCCAGAAACUGAAGGAAAAGAUAUUUGUGCUUGAGAAAGCUGGAGAGAAGGAGGACAUAAUAGGGGAAAGAAAUGUAGAGGAAGCUGAAGAACUCACUAGCUUAAGAAAGGACAAAGAGGAUCUGACAAACCAAGUAGCUGCCAUUAAAAAAAGGUUGCAAGCAGCCCUGUUGCAGCGCAAAGAGCUAAUGAAAAAAGUUGCAGAGUUUGAGAAAGGGGCAGAUCAAACUAAAGAAAAAGAAGGGAACAUGACAGCAGAAGACUCUGCAAGUGUAUUGGAUUUAGAAAAAGAAAGAAAACAAGAGGUUUUGAGCUCUGAGAUUAUUCCUGAAGAUUUCAGACACAUCCUGAGGUCCAAAGAAGAGGCCAUGGAGGUUUUGGAACAUAAAAUCAGCCAGCAGGAUCAGCUUCUGGCUGAGACACUUGCUAUUAACCGAAGGCUGACGGAGGUAGCUGAGCAGACUGUAGAGGCUGACACCUCAAAUGAACUCGCCAGAUUGCAGUCCCACGUGUCCUCACUGGAGUCAGACUGUGAAACACUGCAAAAAAAACUCCAGGAUGCCCAGGACUUUCGCAAAGACACCAUCCGUAAGGCCAAAGAGAAGGACAGGCACUACCGCGAACAGCUGAAGCAGCAGAAGGAGGAGUACAAUGGGCUGUUGGAACGUUUAAAUGAGCAGGCUGGGGAGCGAGAUGGGCUGGUGAAUAGAUUGAGAGAGCUUGAAGAACUGCAGACACAGAAAGACGAUAGAGUCGAGAAAAAAGAACAUGCAGAGCUGGAGACCAAAGCUGGAGAGAAGCUGGAGAAGCCAGCUGCAGGGGACUGGGUCCAGGAAGACUGGGUGGAUUUUGCUACCUCUGAGAAUGAAGCACAACAACAAUCUGAUGAACCUAUUCCCUGUGUGGAGGGACCCUCUCGACUAAUUUCGGCUGAAAUGGAGGCCUCGUUACACGCUCUGAAAGACGAGGUCCAGGCUUGGAAGUCAUCUUGUACAGAGCUGGAGAGGCAACUACAGGAUUGCCAGGAUACCUUGUCAUUCAAGGAAAGUAAGCUCUUAGAGCAGGCCAAAGAGCUGCAGGCCCUCAGAGAGAAAGAAAGCCAGAUUGAUCAUGUCUAUGAGGAGUUGGAGGCUCUGAAGGAGAAGUGUCUUCAGGCUCAGACCUAUGCAGAGACUGUGAAAGCAGAGAUGGAGGUUACUGCCAAGGGAGCCUCCACAGACUCUGCUGAAUCCUCCAUCGCUGUCUUGCAGGCAGAGGUGGAUGAAUUCAAACAGUUCCUGACUAACAAGAACAAUGAGAUCAUGGAGCUUAGCCAGCAGCUGAGUGAGCAAAGCUCCCUCCUCCAGUCCAUGCAGGAGACAGUGUCUGAGAAAGACCACUUGAUUGCCUCUCUGCAGGCCGGGCUGAAAGUAGAGCAAGAAAAGAGCCAGAGACUGGAGGCAGAGGUACCCCACAGGCAGGAGGAAGAGAAGGACAGUGAGGCUAAGAUCAUGCAGCUUCAGCAGAAGCUCAAAGCUGCCCUCAUCUCCCGCAAAGAGGCCCUCAAAGAGAACAAGAGCCAGAAAGAGGAUUUGGCCUCCUCUAAACAAGUCAUAACUGAACUUCAGCAGAAGAUGGAGUCUAGAGAAGUUGAGCUGGAGAAGCUGAGAGCAGAAAGAGAGAAGCUAAUAGAGGAAGUUGAUCGGACUUUGGUGGAGAAUCAGGGCCUCGGCGCAUCCUGUGAGAGCCUCAAGCUGGCCAUGGAGGGUAUGCAGACCGAGAAAGAAUUCUAUAAAAGAGAGGCUGAGACAGCCAAAGAGGAGGCUGUCCAGGCAUGCAGAGAAUUGGAGGAAAAGAUGCAGGGAAUGAGGGAUGAGUAUGAGACACUGCUGAAGUCCUAUGAGAAUGUGAGUGAUGAGGCAGAGCGUGUCAGACGUGUGCUGGAAGCUGCUAGACAAGAGAGGAAGGAACUAGCUGCUAAAGUCAGGACUCACCAGGCUGCCUGUCAAGAGGCUGAAAGGCAGAAAGAGGAGGCCCAGAAAGAAGUGGACACUGUCAAAGACAAGAUGAGGAAGUUCGCCAAGACUAAGCAACAGAAAAUAAUGGAUUUAGAGGAGGAAAAUGAAAGACUCCGUGAGAUGGAGGAAAACAAAGGCACAGGAAAUGAAGACAAGGCUCUCAAAAGAGAGCUUGACAGAUUCAAAGAGCAGCUUGAGGCUAUUAAAGACGACUUGAAAUCUACUACAGCACAGAGGGACUCCCUCGAAGAGCAGGCUCUUAAAUUAAGGGAGCAACUAGCUCAACAGUUAGAGAAUAGGGAACAGUUAGCAUCAGUUACAACCCCCAGCUCCCAUGUUGUAGUGGAGGAAACUAUUAUUGCCCAGCAGUCUAGUGCCGGCAUAACUGAAACUACCCAGGAACCAGUUGCGAGCUGCAGCCUGAACGUAGAACUACAUACUCAGGCCAUGGAGUCUGAGGUAGCACCACAUGAAAAGCCCUCAGUUAAAGAGACCAUGGGAACAGAAAUGACUGCAUUGCUUGAGGAGAAAUUGAGGGAAACGGAGGCAGCCCUACAGUCAGAAAGAGAACUGAGACAGGAGCACGAGGCUGAACUCACUGCUGAGCUGGCCUCUCUGGAGCAGCGCCUUCAGGAGAGUAAAGAGAGGGAACAGUCCCUGAGGGAGGAGCUGGUGAAGCCGGAGAUGCCUCAAAGUGAACAGGUGCUAAUUUCAGAAAAACUAAGAGAAAUGGAGGAAUCACUAAAGUUAGAGAGAGAACAGUGGCAAGUAUGUGAGGCUGAACUCAAGGCUGGAAUAGCUGCUCUGGAGCUGCGCUUACAGGAGAGUACAGAGAAUGAACAGAGUCUUAUUGUGGAGAGCUCUAAAAAGGAAGCCCAGCUUAAAAUGCUCCACAGCAGACUGGAGGCAGAGAAGGAUGACCUGGAGGAGCGUCUGAUGAACCAGCUGGCCCAGCUGAAUGGCAGCAUUGCUGGCUACCAGCAGGAUGCAGCAGACAGCCGAGAGCGCCUCACAGAACUGCAGCGGGAGGUGGAGAGGCUGCAUAAGGAACAGGCUGAACUGGAGGCCCUGGUUAAGAGCGAGAAGGACCAGGCAGCUAGGCUGGAGGAGGACAAAAGGCAGGCCCAAAGAGAGAGGGCAGAAGCGGAGGCCGAGUCUGGGAAGCACAGGGAGCUGGAGCAGCAGCUUAAGUCUGCCCAGAGGGUGAAAGAGGGCAGCCAGAGCCGGGCAAAACAGCUGGAGGAGCUGUUGAGAGAAAAGCAGCUGGAGGUGCGCCAGAUGCAAAAGGACUGUAUUCAGUACCAGGAAAGGAUUAGCGAGAUGGCCAGGGAAGGGAAGGCUCUGCAGCUGAGCAGCGAUGAGCUCCACAAAGAGCUGGGACGAGCAUCUCUGGAAAGAGACAAGGUCACAGAGGCUUUGAAGAACACAGAGGCUGAGCUCUCCAGCUUUAAAGCCCAGCUUGUUGAGGCCCAGAGGGAUGCCAGUCAGGCCCAAGCUGAGAAGAGAGCCUUUGAACAGGCCGCUCUACAGAGAGAGAGUGAGCUGAAAUUGGAGGCAGAGCAAACUCUGGACUCUGUUAGGUGCAGGCUAGGAGCCGAGCUAAAGCAGAUCGAGCUAAGGCUGGAGGAGUCCUACCGGGAGAGGGAGAGAGAGGAGGACGCCACUCGGGAGGCCAAAGAGAUGGCUGACACCGCUAAGAGACAGAACCAGCAGAUGCAGUCCCGCCUAGAUGAGUCUCUGGCCCGACUUGCGGCCUUCUCCCGCUGCAUGUCCUCCCUGCAGGACGAUAGGGACCGGGUGCUGGAUGAGACUCGGCAGUGGGAGACUCGCUUCAACAGCACCUUACAGGGGAAGGAGGCUGAGGUUCAGGAAGCAGAGACCCGGGCCAGGGAUCUAGCUGAACAACUGCAGAAAGAGACUGCUCAGAGAGAGGAGCUACAGCUUACAGUGGACAGACUUCAGAAAGCAGAAGAGCAAUGGCAGCUUAAGUGGGAGCAGUUUCAGAAAAGAUCCAGUGAGAACCAGGCUGCCUUGGAGCAGGAGAGGGGGGAGCUUCAGAAGGCCCUAGCCCAGGCAGAAGGCUCCUUAUCUAAAGCCCAUGCUCUGCUGGCCUCCCUGGAGAGCGAAGCUGAGGGGCUCCGUCACAGAGCCCAGGUCUUGGAAGAGGCAGUGGAGAAGCUGCAGGGCGAGACCAGUGAGGCAAGGGCAGAGCUGAGGGAGAGGGAAGCAAUGGAGAGGAGACUGGCUCUGAGUGUGGAGCAACUGGAGACAGACCUACACUCCUCAAAGACCCUGACGGAGAGCCUGCAGACAGAGCUGAGUGAGAAGGAGAGGAGAGAGGUGGAGCUGUUGGGGGAGAAGGAGCAGGCUGUGACACAGGCUGCAGAGGAGGCCAGGAAGGAGGCCGAUGCCAGUUCCCGCAAGGCUGAAAGGGAGCUAGAGGAGAGGAGAGAGGAGGUGCGGGGUCUGGAGGACAGGCUGCGGAAGGCAGAGGAGGGGAGCAGCCACAACAAAGCCAAACUGGAUGCCUUCACCAAGGCCAUGGGCUCUUUGCAGGAUGACAGAGACCACGUUCUCAGCAUGUACAAACAGCUGGAGGAGAAACAUCUGCAGGUAAUGAUGGAUAAAGACAGUCUGAUCCAGGAGGCUGCUGGGGAAAACAACAGUCUGAAGGAAGAGCUGCGCUCCCUGUUAAUUCAGAGAGACGACCUCCAUGCAGAGAAGGCCCAGCUUUCCGCCCAGCUGCACGGCUACAGGGACCACCUGACCCAGGUCCUUACCCUGAAGGACUCCCAGCACAAGCAGCUCCUGGCCAGCCACCUGGAGCGCAUUGCUAGCCUGGAGAAGGAGAGAGAGAAGCUGGCAACCAUGGUCCAGAGGCCGGAGGGCCCCGAGGCUUUCGCUCUGGAGGUGGAGAGAGAGAGCCUUAGCCAGGCUGGUGAUAUUCUAAGUGAGCAAGUCAAAGACGCUCCUGGCGCAGAGGUGGAGAAGCUCAGGGAGCAACUGCAGGCCUCCAGAGCCCAGGUGGAAAGCCUAGAGGACAGCCUGGCUCAGGAGAGGCAGGCCCACGAGGCUCAGACCAAGGAGCUGAGAGAGCUCCGCUGGGAGGGAGGGGUGACACGCACAGAGUCAGAGACAGCCGCUGAGAGGGUGGCCGAGCUGGCCCGCGACCUGCUGACCAUGGAGCAGAAGCUACUGGAGGAGAGGGAGGCGGCGGGCCAGCUCCGGGCCCAGAACCAGGCUUUUGGCCAGGCCAUGGCAUCGCUGCAGGACAGCAGGGACCAGGCCCUCAGCCGGGUCCAGGAGCUCAGCCUCCGGCUGGAGGAGAUGAGCAAGGCAGGGGGUCCACAAACAGCCACGGCCGGCCCUGGAGGGUCCUCUUCAGAGGUGUGGGGACUGAAGAAUGCCCUGUCAGCCCUGCAGAACGACAGAGAGAGACUGUUGGAGCAGAUGCAGCGGCAGCAGUCGGAGCUCACUCGACUCGGGGGAGGAGAUGUCUCUAGGCUCAGCCAGGAGCUAGAGGAGGAGAGGAGGAGGGCUGAGGAGAUGCGGCACAGGGUAAAUGAGCUGGAGGACCUGAGGCAGAGGGAGAACCAGGAACUGGAAAUGCUCCGGCUGGAACAGAUAGACUGGCAGACCCAGGCAGAGCUCCUGAAACAGCAAACCUUGGCCACCCUGUCAGCUCGUGACCACGAGGUCCGCCGGCUCGGGGCUAUGUUACAGGAAGCCAACACCUCCAGGCCCAAGCUACUGGAGGAGCACUAUCAGAGAAAGGCACCUCUUGGGACAGACUUGUCAUCUGAAGUUCAGGUCCUUCAUUCUAAAUCCGAGAGUGGCCCACUGAAUGAGCUGCAGCUGCGAGAGCAAGAGAUUACAGGGCUCAGAAACCAGUUAUCGCAGGUUUUUGAGGAGAAUCAACAUCUCUCCUCCCAGUUCCGAGGCAGUUGCCAGAGGCUGGAUGAGUCAGAGAGCCGCUGCAUGGUCCUCCAGAGGCAGCUCCGGGAACUGCAUGAAGACAAGAGCAAGGUUACAGGGGAAUUGGACAGUGCCCCUGGGGCCCCUCAGCAGCACAGUGGGCCCUCAGAAAGUGAGGGCCUCAUGGCUGAAUUCAAAGAACUCCAGCACAGACUGGAUGAGGAGCAGCAAUAUAGGAUGCUGGUGGAGCAGCAGCUAAUGGCUUCCCAGGAACGCUUCAAACGGAUCAACCAGGGCGAUUGGCAGUCGGCCCACAAAGGCCAUUUCACUUCUUCUGAGUCAGCCGUCCUCAUUGAGCCACCAGGAGGCUCUGUCACCCGGAUACGGAGCAGCAGUGGCCCUGGGCUGGCGCGGAUGCUGCGUGUGGCCUUCUGCUCCCGCCAACGUACUCCUCUGCUGGUGUCCCUCUACUUGCUCACUGUGCAUGUGCUGCUUCUGCUCUGCCUGGGGGGCUACCUCUAGGGACAGGAGUGAGGGAGAGAUUAACGGGAGUGUGACACAGACCUACCCGCAGCCCAGACACACGUCAUUUUACUGUUACAUUCAAUACUUUAGAAUAGUUGGAUGUCUCAAAAUGAGACACACACACACACACAAAGGAUUUUGAUAUAGCACGCAUACUGAAAUGUGUCUUAGCCUGUAAGCGAAAGGGAAUAGCUUUGAUAUACUGGUAGUAAGAAACACCCACUGCCAUCAUUCAAUACGUUCUGGUUAAUGUACUGUAUAUGAUCAGUCACAUUAAAAGUAGAAGAAUAUCAGUAAUGCGCUUCCUCGGAAGGUUUGUCUAUUUUCCUUCUAUAAAUAGUUUGCAGCUUUACAUUCACCUUGAGAGAUAUGGUAGAUUCACAGCGUGUUUAGUUUUAUUCACGCAAGUUCUAUUAAUGGUGUUUUAGGUGCCUUUAGAUUUGGAGGACUCAAAGCUUCACUUUAUAUCUGGGUGGUGGAAGGUGUGGGUUCUUUGGGUCAGUUUGUGUCUCUCUCAUUCUCUUAUGUUCAUGUGCACAAUGGACAUCAACUUGUGUGACCUGUUAUGACUACAUUCCCACCAAGUUAUUUAUUUUCUUUCUUUUUCAUUAAGAAAGAGUUUGAACAUGUGAUAUGUAUGGAGUGUGUACAGUUUGUGAGUGUAAUUGGUGAGGGUUAUCCAAGCGGUUUCCAGUGUAUGCCAUUGUUGUACAGGUGAGGGUUUUAUUGUGUUGACUUGAUUUGUCAUUCUGGAGCAAUGUUUUCCAUUCCAAAUAUAAUCAUAUUGGUAUUUUUGUUUUCUGAACUUACAAAUCAUGUCCUUCACUAAUUGAAUGCACUCAUGUAGCAUUAUUUCUUUGUCAUGCAUUUAAAAUGUGAACUAUAAUUAUAGUCUCCAUCUUAAAAAGCUAUUACACUGUAAGGUAAAUGCAACACUGCUGGUAAAAAUGUCUACUCAAUAACUUGUCA